UUGUGGUGACUCACUUAGUAGGCAGUGACAAACAUGGAGUUGGGAAAUCUCUACACCUCACCUGAGGAACACAUUGAAAAUAUUUAUGUCACAGCAGAACCACCACAGGACAGCAAAGAAGGACACCUGGAGGUCGCUAACCUGAUAAGAAAAGACGUGGCGAUGGAAAGCAUCUACAACACCCUGAAGAGAGAAACUGAGGAUAUUUACACAACAGUAGAACCAACCAAGGACAUUAAAGUAGGACACCUGGAUGCAGCCCCAGCUUCUUCUGCCAAUGUGGAUAACAAAGCCCGCUGGUUCAAAGCGCUGCUCUUCUUUUGUUUUUUGCUAAUGGCCGCCCUGGCUUUCCUUGCUGUGUAUUAUUUCAUGUACUUGGGCAAAAUGAAGGAAAUGGUCAGUAAAAUAGAAGUGGAGGAGAAGUUCUUUGGUCUAAACUACACUGCCCUAUUAGAAGAAAAGAAAGGUUUACUAAAAAACAUCACAGAUUUAGAGACCAAGAAUGGAGAACUGAGUAGAAACCAUGCUAUACUUCAGUUCCAAUAUAAACAGCUCAAUCAGAGAUUAAUGGCAGGCGACAAAUCCUGUCCUACAUCAGUGCACGAUAAGGCUUGCUCCAUGUGUCCACAGACCUGGCUGCUUUUCAACAGCAAGUGCUAUUUCUUCUCCUCUGAUGAACUGAACUGGAGCGACAGUCAAAAUCAUUGCACCUCACUUGGGGGACAUCUGGCGAUUAUAGAGAGCAAGGUGGAACAGGAUUUUUUAAUAACAUUGAUGGAAAUCCAAGGAGGUGAGGAGGACUCUUACUGGAUUGGACUGACAGAUCAGGAGACAGAAGGUUACUUUGUUUGGGUGGAUAACACACCUCUGGACCCACACAAGGGAUUUUGGGGUACAAGAGAAAUUGAUGACGGGAAAGAGCCUGACAACUGGGAACAAUUCAGUCCUACUGGAGAGGAUUGUGUGUAUCUCUAUAAAUCAACUCGUUACAGUGGCUGGUAUGACAUAUACUGUAAAGUAAAAACUAAAAGAAUCUGUGAAGCAGCUGCGCCAGCCUUCCAGCCCAUGUCUACACAACAAAUGGAAGCAGCUGACUAGUUGGCUGCACAUUUGAGUCAUGUGAUAUUAAUCGAAGUGUUUUUACAAUAGAGCCAAAACCUAUCAGAGAUAUAAUGUUCCCUUAUGAAAAUUAAAUAAA